AUGGGUCGCAAGACUUACGAUUCCGUCCCGCCGAAGUUACGGCCUCUAGGGAAGCGGCUUAAUGUUGUUAUUUCGAGGGAUAAGGAGGGGGUUGUUGCGGAGAGGGUGAGGGGGGAGUUGGAAGCUAAGUGGGGGAGGGAGAGGGAAUUGGCUGAGGCUAAAGCGAAGGCUAGAGCUGAGGAGUCUGCUGCUGCGGCUUUUGCAGCUGCGGGCCAGGCUACGACGACUACUUCUACCGCUACUACGCCGGCGCCGGCUGAGGGGCGAACAGAUGCGUUUGUGUCGGCGAGUCUGGAGGAGGCGUUGACGCGGCUUGAUGCUGCCGCGGCGGAAGAGGAAGGGGGUGUUGGGAAUGUAUUCGUGAUCGGAGGCGCGGAGAUCUAUGGUGCUUCGUUGAGGUUGGGGACUGAAUCUGGGUCCGGGGUGAAGAGGAAGGUCAGACUUGUGAUGACGGAUGUGGAGAAGGUAGAUGGGAGUGGAUUUGAAUGUGAUACGUUUUUCCCGAUUGAUGGGAAAGAUCUAGCAGGAGAUAAGUGGAGGAAGGUUAGUGCGGAGGAAGUAACAAACUGGGUUGGCGAGCAGGUUACGGGGGAGUGGAUUCAAGAAGGGGACGUGAGGGUCCGGAUGGUCGGAUAUGAGAGUGUGGAAUUGUAA